AUGCAAAUACGCGGCUUGGCAACAUCCAUAUUUGCACAACAACGUUUAUUACCACCAAUGACUACUCAACAGUCUCAUACUUCAAUAUUUCAUGAUUCCGGUGUGCCAUCAUUAACAACAUCAUCGUUAUUAACAAGUAAAAUUGAAGCAUUACAGAAUAAACUUUUGUGUACAGGAAUACAGAAUCGUUUUCAACCACAACGUCAUUCUCGUCAUCAUCAUUCGUUAGCUGAACGUGAUACUCUAUCAGUUGUUAUUACAGGUGCAAGUUCGACUGGAGGUUCUUCUCUGUCACCUUAUUUAAUGACAUCAGCAACAGCACCAACGAGUCCUCGUUCUAUAACAACACCUACGACAUUGUUAACCGACGGUUUAUCUACCAAGGCCAUAACAAAUAGUCCAUCAAGUAGGUUUUUAGUUCGUCCAGAUCAAACUGGUGAACAAUCUUUAUAUUUACGCUUUAGUCCAGAUUCUGACCGCAUUUUUCCAUCUACUACUUCAACUUUGACACGUUCAAAAAGUGCACAUUCUCUUCGACAACAGCAACAACAAGCAACAUUAUUAACAAAUCCAAAUGAUUCAGGUGUAUUAGCAGUAUGUAAUGAAGCGCAUGCCUUGGCGACAACAAUCGACGAGGCAAAAACUGUAUUGGCACAAAUAUUUUGGAUUGGUAUUUGUUUGUUAGAAUCAGAUUAUGAAUAUGAAUUUUCAUUGACUGUUCAAUUAUUAGAAACAAUAGUGGUUAAAGUAACACUCGAUACACCAGAUUAUAUUGAAAGAAUUAUGGAUAUUCAUAGAACAUUUGCUUUGAAAUAUAUUACAUUACCCUAUAUGGUUUAUAAUUAUGCAAACCACCAUUAUGUUUGUAUUGAAACAGCGAAAACAAUCGCACAUGUUUGUAAUGAACAAGUUGAUAGUAUUAGAUUACAAAAUUUAGCUACGGUUAUGCCAUUGACAAGAUCAUCAACAUUAUCAACACCAAAGCAUUUUACAAGCAAUAAUUGUUAUAAUCAACAACAAGUACGUUCAAUUAUGUCACAAGUAGAAUUUUUUGAAGAUACACCAAGAAGUAUUGAACUACCAGGUCGUACACUUGAUAUUGAUUACAAUCUAAGUCAAUUAAUGAAUAUUAUAAAAACAAAUAAUUCAGUAAAACUAUCAAAUUCAGCUGUAACAACAGAAAAUACAAAUAACGAUAAUGAAGCAUAUUUUAAUUUAUCAUCAACACUAAAUCGUCGGCAAUUCUCUAGUAUCAGUCAUACAACGUAUCAAGAAUCGUUAGCAUCAAAUAACGGUUGGAAAAAAUAUGCUGCUCAAUCACAGGUUUGA